AUGAAUUUUACAUUAAAUGCUCCACAAAUUCGUAUUCUAAUGAAUUUAUAUUCAAAUAAAAGUAUUUUAAUUGAAUUGGGGAAAUUACAAAUGAAUACAGGUUCAAGAAAUUCGUCAUCUAUUAAACAACAUGGAAUUACAUUUGAUAACUUUUCAGCGAGUCGUUUUAUUGAAAAUGAUAAAAAUGAAUUAAUUUUAUUAGAAUAUUUAUCUUUGUAA